AGUCUAUAUUCUAAGAGAGAGACAGACGGAGAGAGGAAGGAAACCCUCACAGUGCAGACAAAAGCGGGUUUCUCGCUGGACUUUGUUUACCUCCUCUGCUGCUGUUUCCACUCGAACGAGGCGGAUUAAUCAACCACUCAGCGGGGGAAACUUCAGCGCAAACUCUGGGAAUUAUUUAAUUGUCAUUAUUUGAAACUUUUGUUUUUCCUGAAGUGUGUGUUUUUUCCUCACUUUGGACCUUUGGAUUCUAUUUGGACUUGCGGUAUUAUAAUCAAGACAUUUUUUAUUACCAACUUGUCACCGUUUUAUUUUCUGAGGCGUCAGUGAUGGCCCACCACUGACAUGCACCGUCCGUCCAGACCACCGAACCGGUUGGAUGGCUCGCCCACAGUAACGGAAUCACACGGGACCAGAGGAGAUCCACCACAAACCUCCCGUUCAGACAACAGCGAUUCCACGGGAGGAGGAGAGCCGGACUCGCCGUCCCGGUGCAGAUUCAAACCAGUCUCCCCUGUGGACAGUCUCGGCGUGUUCCAGAAGAGAUCUAUAUUUCACCUUCCUCGCCGCGCCUCGAGUGGAUACUUCUCCUACGACGGAGACUCGCUGCCGAGCUCUCCGCUCUCCCCGAGGCCGCUGACGGCCGACAAAGCCACGCAGACUCCCAGCCCCAGUGGCCAGGUGAUGCAACACGCUCUGCAGCGCAUGACUGAGGCGCACGGAGGAGGACCGGGGACGCAGCAGCAGUACGGGCACUCUCCCAGCCUCACUAGCCGGCGACAACGGACUGCAGCAGGGGACAUGCAGGCGGAGGCUAUUGGACGAGAUCUCCGACGCUUUGGAGACAACUAUAAUAGACUACUGCUAAGGGGAAUGGCAGGUAGACAUGGUCGGCUUGAGGUCCAUCCAAACCCGCAGCCGCACAUCCAACCGGAGCCCACCAUGCUGCUGUGUACAGGUCUCCUGAUCCUUCUGAUUGGAUGGAUUAUCUACUUGCAAGGCAAUACAAACAGCCAUGACCACUCUCAGGUGUAGCCUUUGGGAAACCCAGCAGACGUAGCAUUUUUCUUUUAUAAAGUAUCUGUAUUCUAUCAAAUCUUGAGACUCCUUUAUGCUCUUGGGGAACAUUUGUCCCCAAAUUCCUGCCCUUUACAACGGAGGAAGAAGACUUCAGACUAUGUUUUUUAUUCAUUUUUCGUUUUUCUAAGUCAACAUCUUUGAGGAGCAAUAAUGCCUGGCUUCUCACCUCUGUUUAUUGGUCACGGCCUCUGAGCCAUUGUAAUUCAACCAAAGAGCUGGAAUUUUGCACUCCGUUCCAGGACUUGUCAGUUAACCCUGUGGAAUUUAAAAGUGCCUUGUACAAUUUCUUGUUUACUCUUCUAGCUUUUUUAAAGAUAGUUUUAUUGUACAGAGAUGGUAAGUUGUUUGCCUGAGGUUGUUAAAAUGUGAGGGUCCAUUCUGACAAAUUCCCUAUCUUUUCCCACUCAAGUUUUCACUUUGGUCAUGUCAGAUCCAGCAUGCAGACUGGGCAAAUGCAUUUUUUAUUUCUUUUUUUGCAUUGUUUCUUAUCUACAAUGAUCCUGAACGUCUGUGCCGUCUGAUGUUUUGUUACUGUAAAUUUCACUUCUACCUUUGAACUAUUUCUUCAUGAUUAUAAAAUAAUAGGAAAUGUAAGUCUUUGCUUGCAAAAGAAGUGUAAAACAGAAAGUAAAGAAUUUGGGGAGGAGGUAGAAAAACUGGAUCAGGACUGGUCAGCUUAUGCAAUGAUAAAAUUACCUAAAACUUCCUGAAGAAAUGAAUCCUGUUUGAAUAUAACUCAAUACUUGUUAUUUCUGAAUAAUUAGAAAGUUUUGUUUUUUCCUGCGUAUCAUAUUUCAAUACCCUGGUCAAGUUUUACCAGACAAUAUCUCCUUAUACAUUGGUAAGGACCUGGUCCGGGUAAUCUCUAGUCUGGUUUAUUAUUCUUUUAAAGGUACUUUAUAAUUACGCAAGAGUCCUGCAACCAAAAAAUUUGAAACAUUUUCAACUAGUCUUUUAAAGACUACACAGAAAGGUCUAGUCUUUGAAAAUGGAAAUUCAUUGUAUUUCAUGACAACUGUACAAGUUAUUGAACAAUGAUGGUAAAUUCUAGACAAUGGGACCUGUUUAUGUGAAAACUGAACAUGCCUGGACACAUUUUAUCUGUUGCGCUGCAUUUAGCAUUGAUUUUGAGGAUAUUGAAACUCUAUAGAGGGAGGAUUCCGAUCUUAGUUUUGACUAAAAAUCUUGCAUGUUUCUGUAACCACUGGAGCCAGAAUUGAUAGUGACAGCAAGUGACUUCCUCCCUACUUACUUCAGUCUGAAUUACCUCCUAAUUCCUCUCUUUUCCAGACACCUUCUCUGGACUUGGAUUUGUAAAUUUAUGAUUAGAUACAAGAGCAUGUUACCUAACUUUUCAAUACAAUACAUUUUCAAUUAUUGUCAGUAAGCAAACAUAUCAGUGGAGUGGAACUCAAAAGCACCAGAUGAUGAACAAAUGAAUAGUGAUGUCAUAUUAGCCCUUUAUACCAUCCUAAGUGUUUAAAAACCUUUACUCAAUGCUGUUUCAAUCCCAAACAUUUUUCAACAAUCUCAUAUGUCCAGCCUAUGUUGAGACUCUGGAUUACCUUCAAGCAGUUAGACUGCAGUUUGCAAACCUAGGUUUGUUGACAAGGUCAUGUUAUCCAUUUAUUAGCUCAAAGUGUGAAACUCUGCCAAGUUUCCUCGCGCCCUGCCAGGUCAUUAAACCCUCUCAGAGAGAUUUCUGGAAAACAACCAAGCACUGAAUCAUGCAGAGUAAAAGAGGGUUUUGUCACUGAAUAUUGUGCUAAAAGCAGGACAUUAAACUGUGGUGGUGAAGGUUUUGGAAGACAUUUUUAUUUUUGUUUUUAAACUCUCUAGGCUCAUCGAAACAUUUGUUCUGUUGUCAUGUGAGGAAUCACCACAAGUUUUGAAAUAGCCUGUCUACUGAAUACUAAAACAAAGAAAACAUGAUUAAAAGGAAUCAUUACAUAAAAUAAAGAUAAACAGUUGAGUAAAGUUAAAUCUAAAAAAAAAACCCGAAUCGAUUAAGUUUUUGAGCCACGAUGAAUGUUUCUUUUGUUGUCUUGACAUGAAUGCGUCACAGACUGUUAAUUCAGCUUUCAUCAUCUAAAUCUCUGAGAUACAGGCUUUGAUUGUGAUAACAUGGCUGUUAACCCUUGAAGUUUUGUUUUAAAACAUGAAAAAACCUGUAAAGAGAUUCAUAUGACUAAAAAGCAGUCAGAGCAAAGUCAUUAAAUGUCUCUAUAAUAGAGAUUGUUAGAGACAACAGAGACUCAGAAAACCACCAAAGUGAGGCCAAAUUAUCAAAAGAUGCAAACUACAAAAAAAGAGAGACUCAAGACAACUAUAAGGAUUUAUGAAACAUUAACAGAGACUUACAAAGAGACACUGCAAAAACACACAAAGAUUCAAAACAUAGAGAACCACAAUAAUACAAAAUUUUUACACCAACACCAACGUCAUUCAAAACAUCACUAAAGGUGCAUCUAGAGACAUUAAUUGAUGGUAAAGGGAUACACACAUAAGAGUUAAAACUACAAAAAGAAACAUGAACAAUAUAUUAUAUUAUUAUAUAUUGAAACAAAACAAAUACACAAAACAAUCACAGUGACUCAGAAUAACCACAAAAAAACAUGACUGCAAAGAGACACAAAACAACCAUAAAGAGUCGCAAAAUUUCAUUAUGGGGUCUUUCUCCAACUGUAUAUAGGCGCCAUAGACGGUAAAUAAACUUGGAAGAAGCGUGUGUGACGUCACCUCUUGGUUACUGAACUUUCAGUCAACUUAACGGCAGGUUAAAGCUUUCUGACAAACAGCGUUCCCAGUGCUCGCCCGUCAGUGAUCUCAGCCAUGCACUCAGGAUUCUUAUCCUUCAUAAAAUCAUAACUGAGUUAUCAAAUAAAUUCACCCCCAUACAGUGUGUGCUGAACGAGACACAAUAUCGUUUUUUCAACCAGGCUGUAAACAUGUUUAUUUCUGCUGUAAAACUUCCUUUUUUUGGAAUGGGUGUGUUUAUGACAUCUGGGGCUUCUGCAGCCGGCCUCAAGUGGACACUCGAUGAACUGCAGACUUUUGCACUCCCGCGUUGGCUUCAUUAUUCAACAGUGGAGUGUUUUCCCUGGAGUCAGUUUAAUAACAGUCCCUCUCCCUUUUCGAAGGAUUUAAAACUGAAACCACAUGAGAAUAUCAACUCGUAUUCUAUUUGUUUCUUGCUAUACUUUCAUGUUCUUAUCUGUAACAGUGGAAAUGAAUACUUCCACAUCUCCCCUCGUGUUUUCCCCUGCACCCAAUUUUCUUAGUUUUCUUUUCCUCCACUGUGAUGUAUUGAGCGCUGUGACUGUAUGCUGAAUUCUGAUAUCGUGCCAUGUGAAACCCAAGACCUCAUAUAGAAGUACUGUGUUACAGUUGGAGAGCAUGGCCAGGUGGAAACUGAAAGAUGAAUUACUGUCUUUUGAAACUGAUAUGGAAACUGUGUUUAUUCACAGCCUGUGGAUGUGAGUGACAGUACAGACAUGCUUGUGUCACAUUCAGGGCUUUUUGUUGUUUGUUUGUUUGUUUGUUUGUUUGUUUGUUUGUUUUAAAGAAGUCCACGAUCAAUAUAUGGAAAAAAAUAAAUAAUACCUUCUAUUAUUUUUUUAAUUGGAGUGUCAAAAAGAUAAAACAUAAGAGGUAAAGGGGACCCAGACACACUGCUGUGUCGUGCUGUAAAGAAAAUGCUGUACAGAAAUGUAUCUUGAGAGUCAGAAACAAACUAAUUGGAAUGAUUCCAAAGGACCCAGUUCAACUGUAGCAUUAUGUUGUUUGUUUUUGUUUAUACUUUCAUUUUACACUGAAUAUAUUGUAAUUGUGCCAUUUUAAAUUCUUGAAAUGCUUUAAACUUUUGUAAAUAAAAGCUUUUUUACAUUAAA